UCAUGUGACUCAUCACAGCAUCAGAAUAGACAAGAAUUCACUGUGAGCUUCACAUCUCAUUACAGCUAAUGGACCAAUCAAAUCAGUCCACAGCUUCAAAACAUCCAAUCAGGCGUGAGUCUGGACCUGGUUUUCUACUGAACACACAAGUUCAUUACCUCACUAUCACUUUGUCUAAACAGGAACGAUGAUCACACUCUUUGUGGCUCUUUACUCUCUGCUUUGUCUCUGCACAACUGGAAACACUUCUGACAUCAAGGAGCUUCAUGUGAAAACAGUAAAGCGUGGAGAAGCUGUAACUAUGGAGUGUAACAUUAGCGGGGGCAAAGACAAAAAGAGUUUAGCUUGGUACAGACAGAGUUUUCGAAAAGUGCCUCAUUUUUUUGCCAGACAAUACGCGCAAACUUUUUACACAUUUUCUGAGGGAUUUAAUGAUAGCCGCUUCAGUGUUACUGUAAAGGACCAAAAGUUUGAUCUCAACAUUAAUGAAACAAGAGAAGAUGAUGGAGGAGAAUAUUUCUGUGGAUAUGUGGAGGGAAGUAUAUUAAAGUUCACAUCUGGAACACGUCUGCAGUUUGAAGGUGAAGAGAUGAAACCCUGUCCUACACCUGGAACACUUAACAAGAACACACACUCUGUUACACACCAGGGUUCAAACAGCAGAGAUGGAGAAGGUGAAGAGAUGAAACCCUGUCCUACACCUGGAACACCUAACAACAACACACACUCUGUUACACACCAGGGUUCAAACAGUGGCGGUAAACAUGGAAAAGGUACUCGCCAACAUUGUUUUGAAAAAGUCAGAGGCUUCUUCUUCAAGGAUGAGAGGGAGGCCAAGAAGAACUGCUGUGAGCUUAGCAGUGAUGACAGUGCUCUAGAAAAAGGAGUUAAAACAUAG